AAGCAUGGUUCAUAGGAGGCACACACUUUAUGCCCUGUCUAGUGGAAUGUCACGUUUUGACUUCUGAUUGGCCGAGGAAUGCAGGAGUCAGUUUUCACUGGAGUUGAUCAGAAAGUUUCCCUCUGCUUUGCAAAGUCGCUGUCUGAGCAGAAUCGUCGGAAAGAAGAGGCCAGUUGCUCUGAUACUUCCCUAAAAAGCUACUUAAAUGAAAUGAGAGGACUUCUCUAUCCAAGGAUUUACAGCCUAGAAAAGAAGCAAAGAAGUUAUUUUCCCCUUUUUCUCCCCCUACUCCCAGUAGAGCUGAUCAGAUCUCAGUUCUGGCAUGCGUCUCAUCUCUCAGAAUACUAUGUCACAGUAUUCUACUAACUUUCUCUUGCUUCCCAUACCCGAGAAUCCUGUCUUAGACUGUGUGCCCAACAAAAUCAUCAAGCUUGUUGUACUUGGUGGCAGUAACGUUGGCAAGACAGCCCUGGUUGUGCGCUUUCUCACUAAAAGAUUUAUUGGAGACUAUGAGGCCAAUACUGGUGCCUUGUAUUCAAGAAAAUUCACCAUAGACGGAGAGCAGAUCUCCUUACAGGUGCAGGAUACACCCUUUGUCUCAUUGGAGGAUGAUAAUGACAGUAUUUGCUGCCAGGAGCAAAUAAACCGUUCAAUCUACUGGGCGGAUGGUUUUGUAUUUGUUUACUCCAUCACGGACUACGAUAGCUAUCGGGUUAUCCGACCCCUGUACCAGCACAUUCGCAAGAUCCAUCCCAACGCCAACAUCCCCCUGCUUCUGAUGGCCAACAAAGGGGACCUGCUGCGAGCCAGACAGGUGUCCUCCAGAGAAGGGCUUCAACUGGCCAAUGAGCUGGGUGGCACUUACUGCGAAGUGUCAGCCCGGGAGAACUGUGAGGGGGUGCACGAGGCCUUCCAGCAACUUUGCCAGGAGGUGGGCAGGAUGAUUGGGAGCUGCAAUGGGGAAAAACGGAGAGGGCUCCACCUCAUCCGGCCCAAGUCUCCAAACAUGCAAGACUUAAAGAGACGUUUGAAACAGGCACUGUCUUCCAAAGGGAAAUCUGCCACUACACUUUGACCUAGCUGACAGCUAGUUCAAAAAGCAAGCAAGCAAGCAAGCUGAUAUUUAUGUCUCUGUUUCCUCAAAAUUCAAUAGGCACAUUGAUUUUUAAAGAUCUCAGUUAAACAUCCUCUGUUUCCUUCAGCAAAAGGACCUAUAAAAUGGGUAUUUCUGAGCAAGAGUUUAGAAACUGUGUUUAAAAAAAUAACGUCAAAAGCUAUGCACUUUUUAAAAGGAGACAUCGCCAAGUAGUUUGGGUCUACAAUUUAGGUUUCAUUAAUAAGAAAAGAUUUUUAAAAUCCUAGAGGAGCAAAGAGAAAUGUCUUGGGUUUUUGCUUUGGGAUGUAAAUAUUCCCAAACACAAACAUUAGGGAGCCAAAGCAUGACAACAGGAGAAUGAAAUUGACUAUAUACAGAAAGUGAAACUCCACUAGACUACUUUCCCUAUUCUGUGCUAGCUAAGUGAAAUUCAAAAAGCAACCAAAGAGAAAUGGUGAAAACGAUGUGAGAUUCAAAUUAGAUACUUUAAAUUAUGUUAUAUAGUUAUUAAUAAUAAUGGGAAUGAUUUUUUCAAAUAUGAUUUUUAUUAUUACAGUGCCUUUUUAAAGGAAGUGUAAAAAAAAUCACAGUUCUCUGAUUUUUUUUAUUUUUAUUAUUACAAGUAACACCUAGGUUGACUGUAACUGAAAGAUUGGAGGGAAAAGAUAUGUUUCUCUUAUUUUUUUCUGUUUGUUUACUUUGACAGCACUUUUUAGUUAGUUUUACUAUAGUCUGCUUCCCGCCUUUUUGUGUGGGUCUUCCACAUGGCAACAGGAGAGAAAAAAAACAUAAAAAAAAAUAGAGAAGUGUGAUUGUAAAAUCACAAACAUGGAGUGGCAGCAUCUCCUUGCGUUGUGUCUCGGCAUGCGCAUCUCGCUGUAUAACCUUCAUCACAUGAUUUUUUUAAAAAUAGGAUCUUAGUUUUGUUAGCAUUGUUUGUAGAGAAAAAAGUUUAACUGUAUAAAUAAAAUUAAUUAACCUUCAGAGCAAUUCCCACAAAGCCCAUUCAGCAGAUGAGCCAAUCUUAUGGCCUGCAGUUGGUUUGAAUAUGUUUGUGUGCGUGUGUGUAGCGGGGUGGUUACCCGCUCCUGCCCUGAGGGGUUUAAAACAGGGCUGUGGAUGGGCAAGAUGCCUGGGCUGAUUGGGAGGAAGCAGGCUCACCUGGGGCCAUGCCCCAAUCAGGGCCCAGCUGGCCCUAUAAAGGCUUGAGCCAGGCACUCAAGCUGACAGUCUCUCUUUGUGUUCAGAGAGAGAAGGGCCUGGCUGCAGGGAGCGUUACCAGACACCUAGAUUGGGAGCAGAGCUGGGGAAGGGCCAGAGGAGCUGGGAGCUCUGGCCUAGGAAAGCCCCAGGCUGCAGGCCUGGCAAGGCCUAGUAGGUGUAGGGUUGCAGGGAGCAACCCAUGGUAGGUAAAGGCAGCCAGUCCAAACCCCUUUGCUUAUGAUGAGUGGCUGAUACUGUAGUCUGCCCCAGUGAACAGGGGCUAGAUGGAGACUGGGCAGUAGCCAAAACUGAGGCAAAGUGGGGAUAGUGGGUGGGGAAACUCAGAGAAAGUGGGGUACUGCCAGGGGGGCAGUAUCCAACACAAGGGCAGCAGGGUUCUGGGAUGGACGGGGGGGGGGCAAUGGCAAGUGGAUCACCGGCCUACAGAGGGCGCUCCUGGGUUGAAGAGCUAAUUCCCAAGGAUGACCAGCAGGAGGUGCUGCAGGGGUGAGUCCAUGGUGCUACAGUGUGUAUAUACACAACAUUAAUCCACAAGGCCAUAGAGGUGUUGCUUCAUUAGUUGUGCAUUGUAUGCAGAAGUGGCCUAUAAGUGGAGAUGGACCAAACCACAAAACACUAAUCCUGUUCCAAACUUUCAGAGAACUCAGGAGUCGCCAGGUUAGGGUUGAUCCUUGUACAAGAGAUCAUUAUUCUGAGUAGGACUAAGGGAAUAAAUAGAUAUCUCUGUGAGGUACAAUACAAUCCUGAUGCUUUUACAUGCACAGGCCUGCAGCAGGAGUUAAUGAUUUGAAGGUAACUGUUAUGGAUUAAUCCAAGAGUACAGUGACUCAUGGCUCCAUCUGUCUUCAGUGCUUCACACAAACAUACAUAAGAGGAGAUUUAUGUUGCAUUUUUUAUAAGAAAGUAUCAAUGAGGGCUGGACAGCCUAAGAUGCUUUUGCAACACUAUUUGGUUAGAAGUAAUUUCACUAAGAAAACCAUAGCUCCAUUCUUACUCAGCACACAGCUGCUUAUGGGCAUAUUUGAAGCAAGAGGAGAUUAAGUGACAAGCAGUCAUGCUAGGGUGGCCAGGGCUGAGCUGGUAUGUGAGCUGAAAGUCUUUUUUUUUAUUAUUAUUUUAUUUUAAUAAACAAGGCUAUUUGAAGCUGUAUUCUGUGGUCUGGCCAAUUUUAUGGCAAUAGCAACAACACAAAGGCAUCCAUCAUACUUCUCUUAACCCAGAAUGGAAAAGAACCAGGUUUGAGCAUGCAAAAGCCAAGAUAUAAUGGUUAUUUAACAGGCUCUCUCAGCAAUUUACAGGAACAUUAAGUGCAAUAAACUUCAGUGAAUUACGCUGAGGAACACACAGAUAAUAUCCCAGUUUAGAAAAAUCCAUAAGACUAGAAUUACAGGGGGAUAAUACUGAGCUAAAACAGUCUUUAAGGUAUAACAAGCAACAGAACUGUAGAUUUAGUUUGACAUAUGCAAGUAUUAAUGUAGUGUAGAGAUUCAGAAAGAUGUAACUUUGCUUGUCCCCUAUUUAAUGAAAGCCCUAAGUUGGUUAGUUUAAUCACUAAGAUUUACUUCAUCCAUGUUCACAACCUGACCACAAUCUCAGAAAGGGGGUGGAUGCCGGAAAGAAGGGAACAUACAAAUAAAAAGUUCCACCUUCUCCAAAAGAAUUAAUGCCUAAAUUUGUUAAUACAAAAUAUCAGAGAUCAACUGACUCAGCUGGGUACCUACAUGGAUGGCUAGAGCAUGCCCGUUGCCUCAAUGUCCACAUUGCUAUUUUUAGCAUGCUAGCUAGAGCAGCGAUAGCACUUGUCUGUCCACCCAGGCUGGGAAGCUUGCUUCCAGCUGCAGUAUUGACAUACCCUUGGAGCCCAAUCCUGGAUUAGUGCCAGUAGGCUGCAAAGAAGGAGGGCUUGAAUGAAGAUGCUUGGCACACAAGGAAAGGAAUGGAAGGGAAGAUUGAUUGGGGUUUACAGUAAGAGCAUCAGGCCAAAUUCUGCUCUCAGUUACGCUGGUAUAAAUCCACAUUAACUUGGUUGAGAGAAUUCCAUUGCACAGAAAUUAUCUGUAGAAUUAUAUUUCCUUUGUAAACUUUUUCCAUUAUCUUAGGUUGGCUCAAAUCAGAUACAGCAUCUAGUUUUCAGUGGGAUUUGCAGCCAGGCUCACUUGGGAAUAAAUAAGUCAAAUGACUUGCCUCGAGGUUAAACAGCUGAGUAAGUGGUUCAGAUGGACUUUGAAACCAGGUCCUUUUUCAUUCAUUCCCUCCCUUUGCAUCAGCCACCAGCCCACACCACUCUCCUCCAUCUGUAUACAAAGCAUGAUGAGCUGAGCUGCAUCGUAAUUUCAGGAAGAGAACAUAAUUAACAAUGGGCAAACUUGUCCAAAUGACAAGUUAGGCUAUGUGCUGACUGAGCAAGGGACACUUGCUAACACCAUGCACUAUUGUAAUAAUUCUGGGCCUGGGGCUGUCAAAGAUAUUUAUUAAAUGAGUGUUAUUUUC